GGAUCCAUCCCUCCAGGAUCGCGUGGGCCAGAAGUUUUGCCUCUCCCCUCUGACGCACUUGAAAGAGUCUUUCCCCCUUCAACCUCAAGGCGAGUAAUAGCGACCAAUCAUCAAGCCAUUUACCAGGCUUCAGAGGAAGCUGUUUAUGUGAUCCGCGGCACUAAUUAGGCUCAUGAACUAACAAAUCGUUUGCGCCACUUUGGGCAAAGGGACCCCGAUCGCUCGCCUGCCAUGGAUUGCCGCUGGACUUGAAAGGGGCCGCCUCGGGCGCUGCGCGGAGGAAGGAAGGAAGGAAGGAAGGAAGGAGCGGGCGGGAGGGCGGACGGACGGACGGACGGGCGGGCGGGCAGGCGGGCGGGGGGUGGCGAAGAAAAAGGGGGGGGUGGGAGAAGAAGAAGAAAAGAAAAAAAAGCCAGAACUUCGCCCAGCAACUUUUUUUCUCCCCUUAGCGGAUGAAGGGAGCGCGGGAGCCGAGCGGAGCGGCUGCAGAGAGCGUCUCCCUUUCGGGCGCUCGCCUCUUCGGGCGGCCGAGCACUUUUCCUCCUCUUGCCGUCGCUGGCGGCCGUUCGGCGGCCGGAUUCUGGAUCUAGGCGGGCCGAUCCCUCCGAUCUCCUGGCCAGGACCCCGAGGAGGAGGAGGAGGAGGAGGAGGAGGAGGAGGAGGAGAAGCGGCGGCAGGCGGCAGGCCGGCCGGAGGAGCGUCAGCUCGUCGCCAGGAUGUUCCAGCCUACCCCGAAACGCUGCUUCACCAUCGAAUCUCUGGUGGCCAAAGACAGCCCUUCCUUGCCCGCUUCCCGCGCCGAGGAUCCCAUCCGGCCGGCGGCGCUCAGCUAUGCCAACUCCAGCCCCAUGAAUCCUUUUCUCAACGGCUUCCACUCGGGCGGGCGGGGAGUCUACUCCAACCCGGACUUGGUCUUCGCCGAGGCUGUCUCGCACCCGCCGAAUCCCGCCGCCGUCCCGGUCCACCCCGUGCCCCCGCCCCACGCCUUGGCCGCCCACCCGCUGCCUUCCUCUCCCUCGCCGCACCCGCUCUUCGCCUCGCAGCAAAGGGACCCGUCCACCUUCUACCCCUGGCUCAUACACAGAUACCGGUAUCUGGGCCACCGGUUCCAAGGUAAUGAAACCAGCCCGGAGAGUUUCCUCUUGCACAACGCACUGGCCCGGAAACCGAAACGGAUCCGCACCGCUUUUUCUCCAUCCCAGUUACUGAGGUUGGAACACGCUUUUGAAAAAAACCACUACGUGGUCGGGGCAGAAAGAAAGCAACUGGCCCACAGCCUCAGUCUCACGGAAACUCAGGUAAAAGUUUGGUUUCAGAAUCGACGGACAAAGUUCAAGCGGCAGAAGUUGGAAGAAGAAGGCUCGGACUCCCAACAGAAGAAGAAAGGAACUCAUCAUAUUAACCGGUGGAGGAUCGCCACCAAGCAGGCCAGCCCAGAGGAGAUCGACGUCACGUCCGACGAUUAAAUCACCCCUUUAAACAAGUAGAAAAAGAAGCAGCAAAAAAGAGAGAGAGAGAGAGA